GCUUGACAAAUGUCUCAAGAACACCAUGAUUGCUUGGUUCAGCAUAAAGCUGACUUUUAUAAGUAUCAAUUAUUUUAAAAUUUUCACCUACUGCGUGAAUAAAUUGACAUGAUUUUUUAUUUUACAAUUACUUAUACAGAUACUUUGCUUUGGAGACUAGGACAGCUAUCUUUAAAUGCCCUUUUAGAUGAACUAGAGGCAACCUGCAUAAUAGAGGGAGAAGCUGGCAAAGGAAAAACAACUCUCCUCAAAAGGAUUGCCUGGUUGUAGGCUAAUGGAAAUCAACCUUUGUUGACAAAAUUCAAGCUUGUUUUCUUUAUCAGUCUGAGCAGUACGCAGGCUGGACUGUAUGAAACAGUGUGUGAGCAAAUUCUUACAGAACAAUAUGAGAUGGGCAAACAGGAUUUUCUAUUUGAUGGAUAUGAUGAAUUCAAAUCCCAGAGAUGCACAGAAAUAGAAUCACUGAUCAAAGACAUUUGUAAAUUCAAAACAGUCAUCGUUACUACAAAGACUGUGUAAAUUAGAAGUUUGAGGCUUUUCGGAUUGCUGAUUUAUGAGACAGGUGAUCUGACUGAGGAAAGUGCAAAACAGCUAGUUAGAAAUGUCUUGAAAGGCCAGUUAGCAGAGGGCUUGUUGUCUCAACUGGAGACAACAGAUUUCUCUAAGGUGCUACUGGAAAUAUCUUUGUUUGUAGUUAUUGCUUGUGCCAUCCGUGGGGAAAACGACUUUAAAUCCACAAAACAAACCAUUCUCUUCUCUACAAUACAUGAUUUGCUGGCGGGGGGAAACAAGCACAAGAGCAGAGGGAUUCAUGAAGACCAUUUUCGCCUAAGCAUAAACCCCUGUGGAGAUUGAGUAUUUGACCACAAAUUUGAUUUUCAGCCUGAGGAUUUCUGCAGUGUGAAAGAACAAGUCCUGCUAGCUAUAGUCCUCAUGCAUAAGUACACAGCUCAGAGACUAAAGCCAGUAUCUUGAAUUUUUCAUAAGUCUUUCCAGGAAUACACUUGGAGACUUUCCAAGUUAUUAACAUCCAAUUGGGAGGAGGAGGAGGCCAGAGGGCAUAGUUACCUUCUAAGAAUAAAUAGCAUCUCAUAUAUUAUUACUACAUACUGCAGUUUACUUCUUUUUCUUUCUUUCUUUUUCAGUAUACUUGUAGAUUAUAAACUGAAGCCACCAGAAAAAUUAUCAGGCACCUAUCAGCCAUUCAUCAGCAAGACAGUCUUUUUGGAUUGCCAUCUUCCCAUGAUCUGUCAUAAACAGGCUGUCUCCUUAUUCUUCAACUGGGACUCAAAAGUCAAUUCUUUAGAUAUUAUACUCAAGGUCUUCAACAAAUUAGGAAGAGGUGAUGUCGAGUAUCUGGAAAAAACACGCUGCUCUGUGUCACGUCUUAGGCUGAAGAUCAGCAAAGGUCCUGCUUCGCAGGAAAGCUGA